AUGACGGAUCAUCUACCCCGGUACCAUCAAAACACAUUGACUCUUCUACCCAUCAAUACAGCCACCCUCUCAAAGUCUCUUGAAGAGCUGCGGUUCGCAGUUCGCAAUGGAGCUGAUUUAAUUAGCUCAAACGACUCUAUUCAUGGUCAAUGGGAAUCUGGUGGCAUAUUUAAACAUUUCCCAGGAAUUGCUCUUGCAUUCUUAAGACUUGACUACCAAUCCUCGGUACUGGAAGGUGAAAAAGGUUCCUCGAGGGAUUAUCGCCAUCUCGCACUCCAAAGGGUUCCACCUGGGAUCCCAGAUAUUCCUCUGCUUCCAUCUCGACUAAGCCCUAUGGGCUCUUCAUCCCCCGUGACUGCUGUAGUCCUACGUAUGCUUGCUGCGGUUGCUAGGAAUAGAGGAGAAGAUGAUCUAAACACCAGGCUCUCUCAACAUGAUAUUACCUGUCUUCACGACGCGACAAGCCUAGCACUGAAAAAUGGACCCAUUGUCCCCCAUAAUGGUCGUAACAUGGGCGGCGAUGAAAUAUUGUUUGGUCGUGCAGGUCUCCUUUGGACGCUCAUAAAUAUCCGUGCUCACCAAUUUGAUGAAGAAACUCAAAGAUCCCUCACCCCAGUUCUCGAUUUAAUCCCGGAGCUGGUUCGUGUGAUCAUUGAUGCUGGACGACAGGGCUCGAAGGAUUAUGCAGAAAAAAACGGGUCAGAUGAUGCACAUCCGUUGAUGUAUGCCUGGGUGGAAGGUUAUUAUGGCUUUGGAGCGGCUCAUGGAAUUACUGGGAUUCUCCCUGCCAUUUUAGCAUGCAAACCAGAGGAAAUCUCAGACUUCCUCCCUGUUAUUGGCGACACAAUAACCGCGCUCUGCAAAUUGUGCAUAGCCAGCAACGGCCAUCUCCCAAUGUCAUUCCCAAAAUUUGGUGCCGGAGGGCGCCCCGAGUUUGUCCAGUUCUGUCACGGCAGUCCUGGUCUUCUGCUUCUCGUAGCGACUGCUUUGAACUCUCCUUUACUUCUGGAUCACUGGUGUCCCGAGUGGGAUCAGGCUAUUGAUCUCGCCACUGCGCGUAUUUGGGAAGAAGGAAUUCUCUCUAAAGGCGGCGGUCUGUGUCAUGGUAUCGCUGGCAAUGCCUGGCCCUGGCUUAUCCUUCAUGAUUUUUUCGAAUAUCACUCAAAGGACAUUGAUGAAGCCCGAUACAGGUACUUUCAACGUAUAGGAACUGCAGAGGCACCUGACGCCGGAUAUCUCACGUCGGACUUCUUCUUGUCGAAGGCUCUAGCAUUUAUGCUGCACUCACGUGAGACACGGCCAUAUAACAUUACACCAGUGAGUCCUGAAAGAGACUUCCGCAUGCCCGAUGAUCCAUAUUGCCUGUUCGAGGGCCUCGCGGGUACUGUAUGUGCGUGGGCGGAGACUUGUGGUGUGCUCCAGGCACGAUUGCGCAAGUUAGAACUUCCUGAAGGGGAGUUGGAGAACGACGUUUCUUUCCAGACUGCCCGGCGUGCUGAGCUUGGAUUUCCGUUCAUUGGUGGAAAUGGUGUUGUUGGUAUGUUUUGA